AAAUCCCAAUGUAACUAUUUCUCAUUUUAUCUUCUCCAAAUACAAAUAUCCCAUAUUUUCACAAAUUUCGAUGCAAUGAUUAUUCUAAACAUGAACUUACUUUGACACAAAUGAAAGAAGCUAGAAAUGCACUUAUUAUGAAACCGAGGAAGUACAUCGCAUUUGUAAACCUUGCAUAGAAAAACGUAUCCCACUAUUGUUCCCUAGCAGCAAAAGGAUUCUCGCCUGAACAAACACCACCAAACUUACUCGUCCUUUGAAAUAUGGAAUUUUAUUCCGAAUUCUGCGAAAAUUGAAUUCGGCUGUGUAGAACGUCUGCGGAUCUCCAUCUACAGCCCAUUUUGCAGCCCAUUACGCACAGAGCCCAGCCCAACUUCCCCCACCACCCGACCCCUAAAUUCUCGUUCGGUGAUUCGCAGCGCCGCCGCGCUGCUCACCGGCACCUCGCGCCGCCGCCGCCGCCGCCACCACCACCACCUCCUCCGCCUCUCCUCAGCUGCGUCCAUCAGAAUCCCGCCUCGUUCCUUCCGCUACCGCCGGCUGGGAUAGAGAGGCCACGCAGCUCUCGUCGUGCGCGGUUCAGGCAACUCAGCCCGCGCAGGCCCGGAUAUGGCGGCGGCCACGCGCGCCGCGACGGCGUCGGCGGCGAGGCAGGUGACGAAGCGGAACUUCGCGGAGGCCGUGCAGGAUCUGGCGGCCCACGUGGAGGCGUGCGACUACGUGGCCAUCGCGGCGCAGAGGACGGGCGCCCCGACGGGCUGGCGGCGCGCGCUGCCGGUGGACACCCCGGAGACGGCGUACCUGAAGGCUAAGCUCGCCGCGGAGUCCUUCCAGCCGCUCCACUUCGCCAUCUGCCCCUUCCGCGUUGAUGCCACAUCCCCUUCGACCCUCGUCGCCUAUCCGUACAAUUUUCAUUUAUUUCCCAGAGAUGAGUUACAGUUGGGAAUGCCUGCUUACAGUUUUUCCUGUCAAUCAUCUUAUUUAUCAUCUAUGGCUCAUAGUGGUUUUGAUUUCAAUAUGUGCAUUUAUGAUGGUAUAUCUUAUUUAUCAAGGGCUCAAGAAUCCUUGGCAAGGGAAAGGAUAUUUAUCCCUCAUGUUCGCCAAUUAUCAUCGUCACCAAGCACAUCCAUUGCUGAUUCCGUUUUUCUGACUAGAAUUAAAUCGAGAAUAGAGCAUUGGCGAAAAGGAUAUACAAAACCAUGUAAAACAGCUGAUGGUUCUCUAGUAAAUACCCUUAGGCAACUGAUUUUGGGUAGUGAAUCGUAUGGUUCAAGGCCCAGUUUCAGCAUUGAUGUUUGCAGUGAUCGCCAAGUUCAACUGGUUUUGGAGGCAGCAAAUCAUAUCUCUGAUGACCUUGUACCUCUUGUUGUUCCGGACAAAGCUGGGACAGCUAGGGCAGUGCGUGUGAUCUUCACUAGUUCUCCAGAGGAUAAGAACCUUCUCCUGAUGGACAUAAAAAAAAUGGAGGAUGAACAUAAUUUGAAGUUCCGUGGUUUUCGAGAAGUUAUUGAUCUACUAUCAUCUUCACAGAAACCAAUUAUAUCUUAUAAUUUCUUGAAUGAUUUCACAAUGAUACACUCCAAAUUUGUUGCACCUCUUCCACCAAACUUGCAUGAAUUCAUGUGCUCCUUGAGGAUGGUAUUUUCUAAUGUUAUUGACAUCAGUCACAUGUGGAGAGAAAUUGGCCCUUUGAGAAAAGCGAAGAAUAUACAAGGUGCUCUGAGUUACCUACAAAGACAAUACUUUGUGCCGAUGGAUGUAGAAAUACCUCAGCAAGAUGGUAACAACAGUGUCACCAAAAGUGGGGAAAAUGUUCUGAGAAUAACAAAGUUGUUUGCUAAACUAAGUAAUUUACUGAAAAUCAGUCCCAAUGGUCAAACUCACUCUGGUGAUAAGUGUCACACAGUUGAGGAAUAUUCUUACAUAUUGUAUCCGAGUUGUACGGCUGAAGAAUCUGAAGAUGAUAAAUCCAGUAAUGAGUCAAAUACCACCAGAUCAGUGAGAACUGAUAAUGUUGUUUUCCUAUGGGGGUUUAGGGAGACAUCUGUCAAAGAACUGAGAUCUCGCCUUGCAAGCUUGCAUCAUGCCUUCUCAAAAGAUUUUGAGCUCAGAUUAUUGGAUAACUCGUGCUCAGCUUUGAUAUUCCACAGUUCUGAUACGGCAAUAGAUUUACUAAGAGAAAUAAACUCGGAAAGUCCCUCUCUGAAUAAUUUCUUUUCGGAAGGCCUGAAAGCUGCAGGCUUUGAUGCCUACAGGAAGGUUUGCAGGUCAGGGCUUUGGGAUUCAGAUUUAGCUGAGGCCCUGGAUGGUGUUUCAUCUGAACCAUCUACUUCAACGCUUUCUGGGCGUGGCACCUCUGAGAUAUGCUGGAAUACUUCGCUGAUGCUAGAUCUAAAGGAAUAUCUGGAACGCUAAACAACAUAUAUUUUUAUGGAAGUCGCCUCAGAUUAAUAAGAGUUUCCAGGUCUGAUCAACCACAACCAGUCAGCAUUGCUGGAAUCUUCAGUUAAGCUCCUAUGAGGAGAACAUCACUUACACGAUGAUUAUGUUGCUUGACUGACCAUAAAUGGGCAAGGUGUUUCUAUUCGUGGCGCAAUCAUGUGGAACAGUGAUAUUGUUUUCAGCUUCAGCACAAUGGUUGCUUACAUUGCUUACUCCUCACCUGACAUGGCAUGACUACAUUUUUCGUAAUAUCAGCUAACCCAGGUUUCUCUUGUCUUUACGGAGCUUCCACAGAAAACCCAGGCACUCCGAGGUGAAGGUCAUCCUUGUACACAAUCAGCUGGCCAUUGCUUCGUUUGAUGGACGACUUGCUGCUGAAGAGGAAAUCAGUUACACCGACUCAGAUCCCCACAUGAGGACUACCUCACCGUAUUCUGAUCUCAAACGAUUCGUAAAACUAGCCUUCUGUGGCCAUGAGAGAGCAACGCAGGACUCUUCUAUGACAACUAGCCAGUUGCAGCACGCAUGGAAUCGUCAAAGUCAGGUACUCAGGUGGGGAAUUAGUAUUGGAACCUAAGCCCGAAAGUCAGUCGGUCACAGCAUUGUGAACGCAUGCCAUCGUGUUCCUGCCUAACCACAUGGUGACUCCUGGCCUGUAGAGCAACACCGUGAACACAAGCAACGCCAAAGUCUCCUUUCGACAUUAUGUCCAGACAUUUGCAGUGGGAAAAAAGUAUGCUUUAAUCUUUCCCUGCAGUGUUAUCCCCUAACCAACCGAAUGAAGAGACUGUUUCAAGUGACAUGGUAUCAAGGGAGUAAAAAUUUGAUGGAAUAGAAGGCAAUUUUAGUCGACUUUUCUGUUUAAGAACGGUCUGAAGAAGAAAUAUUUGUGCUCUCAGAGCAUGAGCACUCCAGAAAAGAAACUAGAUCUUUAGAUCUUUGAUGUGAUACAAAUUCUCAUUUAUAGAUCGUGAGAUGGUUAUUUUCUCCUUUUGGCAGUAGGGCUUCUUAUUGGCUAUGUAUUUUAACACCAAACCAUAACCACAUGUUACCAAAAUUUUAGCAAUACCAAAUCGUGUAUUAAACCAAA